AAAAUGGCGGCGCUGCCGAUUCCGGUUCCGGGUGGUGCGGGCAGGCCGGGAUUGGGGAAGAUGGCGGCGGCAGCGGGACCGUCCCGGCGGGGCGGGCUGGGGCGGGCGUGGGUCUUCUCCGGCUGGGCCUUGGGCCUGUGCUCGCUGUUGGCCUCGGGGACGCGGCCCGCCGCUGCCACCACCCACUGGGUGGUCACGGAGGACGGGAAGAUCCAGCAGCAGGUGGAUUCACCAAUGAACUUGAGGAACCCACAUGAUUUGGUGAUACUAAUGAGACAAGAAACAACAGUUAACUACCUCAAAGAACUGGAGAAACAGUUAGUUGCUCAAAAGAUUCAUAUAGAGGAAAAUGAGGACAGAGACACGGGGCUGGAACAAAGGCAUAAUAAGGAGGAUCCAGACUGCAUUAAAGCAAAGGUGCCUUUGGGGGACCUAGAUCUGUACGAUGGCACGUACAUCACCUUAGAGAGCAAAGAUAUCCGCCCUGAAGACUACAUAGACACAAAGUCACCAGUGCCUCCAGACCUGCAGCAGCCAGACUGUACAAAAGUUCUAGAUCUUCCAUACAGCAUUCACGCUUUCCAGCACUUACGGGGUGUCCAAGAAAGAGUGAAUCUUUCUGCACCCUUAUUACCUAAGGAAGAUCCAAUCUUCACAUACUUAUCACGGAGGCUGGGAAGAAGUAUAGAGGAAAUAGGUCAUCGUAUUUAUGAUGGGCUGAUGAAGAACUCUUCUUCCUGGGUACUCUACAAUAUGGCUUCUUUUUACUGGCGAAUAAAGAAUGAGCCAUACCAAGUGGUAGAAUGUGCCAUGCGUGCCCUUCAUUUUUCUUCAAGGCAAAAUAAAGAUAUUGCACUGGUAAAUUUGGCAAAUAUUCUGCACCGGGCUCAUUUCUCUGCAGAUGCAGCUAUUGUGGUCCAUGCAGCUCUGGAUUACAGUGACUUCUUUACCAGCUAUUACACUUUGGGAAAUAUCUACGCAAUGCUUGGAGAGUACAACCAUUCAGUCCUGUGUUAUGAUCAUGCUCUACAGGCCAAACCAGGGUUUGAGCAAGCUGUGAAAAGGAAGCAUGCUGUCCUCUGUCAGCAAAAACUUGAGCAAAAAUUGGAAGCCCAGCAUAGAUCACUUCAACGAACAUUAAAUGAAUUGAAGGAAUAUCAGAAGCAGCAUGACCAUUACCUUAGGCAACAAGAUGUUUUAGACAAGUACAAGCUCAUCCAGGAGGAACAAAUCUUGAGGAACAUCAUUCACGAAACGCAGAUGGCGAAAGAAGCUCAAUUAGGGAACCAUCAGAUUUGUAGACUGGGCAACCAGCAGCAUAGCUUGCACUGCCAGUGGGACCAGCCAGUUCGUUAUCACCGUGGAGACAUCUUUGAAAAUGUGGAAUAUGUUCAGUUUGGUGAAGACUCUUCAACAUCUAGUAUGACAUCUGUGAAUUUGGAUCUUCGUGCAAACCAAAGUGACCACAGCCAGUCUUUGCAGCCUUCCCCUGUUGCUCAUUCUGUAGUUUCUGUAUGGAGUGUAGAAUCCAAUAGAGACAAACAGCAUAUUGUUUGGCCUCAGCGAUCAGAGUGCAUGAAAUCUUUCCCCAAAAUUCCUGAUCCAGAAGAACUGCCAACUUAUUUCCUGCCUCCAGAAAACAGGGGAUUCAGAGUCCAGUCAAUCCUGAGUAUCCCAACAGAUACUCUGGGGCAUGAAGAAUCCCAGGCACCAGACUGUUCUUCCAUUACUGAUGCUCGUAACAACGAAUCUCUAAACGUGCUAGUCAAGGAGCUAGACCGUAAUCUAGAUUUGAAAUUCAAGAUGCCAGAUGACCAAGCAAGACAAGUUUUGCAUUCUCGUAUCAACAAUCAAACUGCGACCCAGGCCAAGAUAGGAGCGUUUCUAGAUCACGCCAUGAGAAAGCUGGAAGAUCCUCUAUGGCUUGUGCUUAAUGAAGCUGGAUUGUACUGGCGUGCAGUUGGAAAUAGCACCUUUGCUAUCACCUGCUUGCAAAAAGCAUUUAAUUUGGCUCCAAAUGAGUAUCAGGACAUCCCUCUGGUCAAUCUUGCUAACCUCUUGAUUCAUUAUGGUCUUCAUUUGGAUGCCAGCAGGCUCCUGCUGAAGGCUUUGGCCAUCAAUGCCUCCGAGCCCCUGACAUUUUUGAGCCUAGGAAAUGCAUAUCUGGCUCUGAACAACAUUAGUGGAGCCCUGCAGGCCUUCAGACAUGCACUCAGUUUGACAACCAAGUGCUUGGAGUGUGAGAGCAGCCUGAAGAUGAUCCGCUGUUUGCAGUUUUACCCUUUUCUGUACAACAUCACCUCUUCUGUGUGCAGUGGCCACUGUCAUGAGAAAAACUCAGAUGGCAGCCAUGACAACAAGAAAUACUUUGAUGGGUCAGCAGCAGUGGCAGGACACACAGAAGGAGGUGUAGAAGGUACAGAAGACCUUAUUCAGAGUUCUUCAAGGGAUCCCUCCUUCUUGAGGCUGGAAAACACAGUCACUUCAGAAAGCAAUGGUUCAGAAGGAAUGGAAGGCUUAGAAGAGGAUCAGAUGUCUGAAGAGAUGAUGGCUUUGGUGGACGAGUUUGAAAACUCUUGGCCUCAGGAAGCUUUUGAAGGGGCAUUGGAGGUCAAAGGUCAUCGGAUGGACCUGCAGGGAAUCCGAGUCCUAAAGAAGGGAUCUCAGGAUGGACUGGCUAGCUCCUGUUUUGGGGACUGUGGUGAUGAUGAUGAGGCUGAAUGGAUUACUUUUCAAGUCAAACGUUUAAAGAAACCAAAAUCUGAAAGCUUGGAGCUCCAAGAGCCCCUUGGGAGAAACGAGGAUGAAGGGACUAAUGGAGAAAAUGAGAACUACUACCAAACUGCCCUGGAGAUCAGUGGACCAAAGAUACCUUCUCCUGGACCAAUAGGCAAAAGGCGUGACUAUCGUAGCCUUGGCUGGCCAAGUCCUGAUGAGUGCCUGAAACUCCGCAGGGUAGAGCUUACAACUGUAGCCAGCACAUGGCUUGCUGUUUCUGCUAAAAAUAUUGACAUUACAGAACACAUUGAUUUUGCCACGCAGCUGCAAGAACCAGCCAUGGAGCCCCUUUGUAACCCAAAUCUACCAGCCAGUAUGCAUACUUUGGACCACUUGCAAGGUGUCUCUAGUCGGGCCAGCUUGCAUUACUCUGGAGAAAGUCAACUGAAAGAGGUGCUACAGAAUCUUGGCAAAGACCAGUACUCGCCACAGUCGUUAGAACAAGUUGGUACUCGAAUAGCCAAAGCCCUGGAGAAGAAUCAGACUUCGUGGGUUCUCUCCAGCAUGGCAGCUCUUUACUGGAGGGUGAAAGGCCAAGGGAAGAAGGCAAUUGAUUGCCUACGGCAGGCGUUGCACUAUGCCCCCCAUCACAUGAAGGAUGUACCACUAAUAAGCUUAGCAAACAUCUUCCACAACGCAAAGCUCUGGAAUGAUGCCAUCGUUGUGGCUACCAUGGCAGUGGAAAUAGCUCCACACUUCGUGGUCAAUCAUUUCACCCUGGCAAAUGUCUACGUAGCAAUGGAAGAGUUUGAAAAGGCAAUGAAAUGGUAUGAGUCAACACUAAAGCUUCAGCCGGAGUUUGCUCCAGCCAAGAACCGAAUCCGCACCAUUCAGUGUCACCUCCUCCUGAAGAAAGAGCGACGGUCUCCAUAGACAUCAGCCUCUGCCUCUGUUCUUUUUUACGAGACUCUCAUUAUCCUCUGUUCUGCUUUUAAGUGUGCUAAGAUAAAUUGAGGAAUCAAAAUUUUAUCGAGGCUUUUCGAGAAGAGCUGGGAUUUGGAUCAAGGGGUCUUUUAUUUCUCAAAUCCAGGAGCGUCUUUCACUCACCAUCAUUUUAAAACAUCCGUGUAAAUAUUAAACCAAGAAACUUCCAUGAGUCCAUGACCACCUGUACCAGGACCCAGGCACUGUCAGUUCUUCCUUAAUGCUCAAAUUGGCAUCACUGUCCAAAAUAACUUGCUUCUUGUCUUAUGAUCCUAAGACACUGGAAAAGCAAAGCACACACCCAUACUAAAUAGUGAUAAGAGAGAUAAUCAGCAAUUCAUCCAUGUGAAACUCAUGCUUUGUCCAGUCUUGUUCACUCCAUACCACAUCAUCUGCUUCUUUGGGAGGAGAGGGCCAGGUUGGAAAGCGUUUAUAAAAAGCAUUAGGAACAUCAAGCAUUUUUUGGAGUUGUUUAUUUCUGUUGGGGGAUGAGGAGGAAAUUAAGAGGAGGGAACAACAGGACACUAAAAGUGGGUUUUAGUCUUCCUUGCAGGAGAGAGGGAAAAAAAAGUAAACUAAAAAUCCCAAUAAGAUGUUUUAUAUUUGUCUAUAUAUUCAUAUCGCUCUGCCUCCCUGAGUGGUUGAUUUACUAAUUCUUUGUUCACUGUAUUUUUAGCCAUUUCAGAAUAAGGUGUAAGUUUCUGCUCACUCCUGAGCCAUACUUUCAGCUGCUGAGGAGGAGGAGGAGGGAGGCAUUGCCAAGGUAUCAGCAGCAAAUAAGUCAGGUGGAAGAUUUCCAAAUCAGUUCUCUCCUUGGUUGGCAGAGUACAUGAUUCUCCAGAGAUCACUGUUGAAUCAACAAGGGCACAUACUUUAAAUAAAAGUAAAUUGUUU